GACUCGGCAUCAACAUGGCGUUGGCAAAGUCCGUGUAUAAUGUGCUCUUCAGGAGAACGUCCACUUUCGCCAUCACCAUCAUGGUUGGCGCUGUCUUCUUCGAGCGAAUAUUCGACCAAGGUGGCGACGCAAUCUUUGAGCAAAUGAAUCGCGGGAAACUAUGGAAACACAUCAAACACAACUACGAGAACAAGGACGAGUAAAUGUGGACGCCGGUUUCCAGAGGCUGCAGUUGGAGCCUGUUGUCAUCAUCCUGCCUGGACUCCAUUCACGACGCCGACGCAAACAACAACAAACACGGACUUAAUGUGCUUCAAAUUGGGCCCAAAGUGUGUGCAGACCACCGUCAAGAUGGCGCAGUGGACCCCCGUCACGUCAAUCUUCCCGUUCCUGUCAUUUGUUGUCACCUUGCGUAUUGUAAAUGAUUAAAUUAAACGUGUUGAUGUGUGACAAAUUGUGCUUUGUUUGCUUUUGCGGUGGACGUCCGUGUUUCCCUACCUUUAGUGAGCCAAGGCACAUAUUUUGCACGAGGAAAAUGGAGACUCAGAAGCACAGAUAGUUGGACAAAGACACAUGAUUAGCAGUAAAUGAUUUUCAGACCCAUUUAAGUGAAAUUGGAUUAAGUCUGUAGCAUAUUGGUGGGGACUCACUUAUUUUUUGUGCUAUUUCUAUUUCUUGCUCUAAAUGUUUUGAACACUUGUAUUAGUAUUACCGCACAACACAUUCAGAAUCAUCUUUAUUUGCCAAGUAUGUCCAGAAAACACACAAGGAAUUUGUCUCCGGUCGUCGGAGCCGCUCGAGUACGACAACAGACUUUGGAGACAUAAAGACAUUGACCAAAAAAAAGUCACUGACGAAUAAAGGGUCUCUAGUUAUCAGGUAAUGCCGGUAAAAAAAAUAA